UAGCCGUCUACAGACACUUACAGGAAGUACCAGUGCAAAAGUUUUCCAUCAAACGUAAAGACAAAAAGCAGUGGGAGUUGAGCAGACUAAUGUCGAAGCUUUAAACUGGAAUAUACACUUGACCACUCCUUUGCUACCUGAUCAGAGACGCCCCCAAAACAAGCACCAGAAUGCUGUUUUUUGCUGUCCUCGCUUUUCUCUCAGUAGCGGCGUUGGCUGACUACCAACCCGAGGUCGAUAACUACUCGUUCUCUCCUCAAGUGGGUUCAGGGAGCGGUCGCUCCUACGCCAUCAUGGGCAGGGGGAGGAUUACUGCCGUGCGAGUGUGGGAAGCCAACAACAACUACAUCUACGGCUUCCAAUUUCGUUACGGCUUCAUUUGGACCGAAGUUUCGGGGUACCACUACGGCACGCCACAAGAGAUUGAGCUGUUUCAAGGCGAGGCUAUCGUGCAGAUCUCGGGGAAGUACGCGCAUUACGUGCAGUCGAUCGUGUUCACCACCAGCUUGGGUCGCUCCCUGUAUGCGGGCAGGCCUCAGGGUCAUUCCUUCAACAUGUUCCCCACCAACAAGAAUGCUGAGCUGCGCUUCAUCAGUGGAAGGCUCCACGGGGCCAUCACCGCCAUUGGGGCCCACUGGGCUGUUGUUGUUGAACCUUUGAAUGGAACUACCGAGCAGCUGUAAUUCGCUCACCAACACAGCAACUCAUACUUUUAUUCAAAGACAGUGUUGCUGUUCAAACUGUGUGAAAGGUUAAAGUUGCCAAAAAAUAUUAAAUAAAAUUAC